AUGUAGCUUUUUUCCAUAUCUUUUGCAAAUCAUGAUAAUAGUCACAUUGACUACUUUUUUGUCACAUGGCAACUUUUGCCAUGGCAAUUUUUUCCGUAGCACGGCAAACUUUUUUUUAUAUAAUCACACAAUAAUUGUAUGAUUUUUGUAUCUUCGUGACAUGGCAAUUUUUACGCUGUAGCAUUGAUUUUAUUGCCAUGGCAAAUUUACUUUUAUUGUCAAGAUGAUUGCAAUUAUUAGCAAACAACCAUGGCAAAUUUAGUUAACGAAUGAUGGUAAAUUUAGUGAGCGAAUGAUGGCAAAUUUAGUUAACGAAUCAUGGCAAAUUUAGUUCAUAGAUCAUGGCAAAUUGUAGUUUCUCACUAAUUAACCAUGGAAACUAGAAUUUCCACUUGAUCAUGGUAAGUUUAGUAAUUAACCAUGGAAAAUUUAGUUUAUAUAUCAUGGAUAAUUUUAGUUCCAUUUUUUUGUCUGUAGACCAUGGCAAAUUUCUGCGACCACGACAAUUUAUAUUUGGACAAAUUUCGUACAAACCAUGGCAUUUUUUCUUUGUAGCAUGACAACUUUUUUCUAUGAGAAGUGUGCCUCAUACAUCAUUGCAAACUUUGAAACUUGUUUUUGUAUAAACACACAAUAAUUAUAUGUUUUUAUCCGCAUAACAUGAUUCGUUUAGGAACAUGGCAAUUUUUACUUUGUAGUAUGAGAAAUUCAUUUAUAUUGCCAUGGCAAAUUUACUUUUAUUGCCAAUACGAUGGUAAUUAUUAGCAAACAACCAUGGCAAAUUUAGUUAAUGAAUGAUGGCAAAUUUAGUUAAUGAAUCAUGGAAAAUUUUAUUCAUGAUCAUGGUAAUAAUUGACCAUGGCAAAUUUAGUACAUAGAUCAUGGCAAAUUUUAGUUUCUCAUUCAUUACCCAUAGCAAAUUUAUUUCAUUGAUCAUGGCAAUUUUCAGUUUGAUGUAUUGCCAUGGAAAAUUUUAUUUUUUAAUUGCCAAGACGAUGGGAAAUUUUAGUAAAUGACCAUGGCAAAUUAAGUUUGCGAUUCAUGGCAAAUUUCAUUAGCUAUGCAUGGAAAAAAUCGUUAAUCAUUGUAAAUUUAGUAAUUGACCAUGACAAUUUUGAAUUUAUAGAUCAUUGCAAAACUUUAGGUCCAUGUCUCAUGGCAGUGCCAAAAUUAUUUACUAGUGAUAAUGUUUUCACUUUUUUCAACACAUGUUAAUGCAAGGGGUAAUAUGCAUCACGGAAAAUUUGAAACAAACGGAAAAUUUACACCACUUUUUGGCCACCAUUUGGCAAACUUAUAGAUUUACUUUUGGUAUCAAUGCGUGUUUUUAUGACCAUGGCAAUUUUUCUUUCUUUUUGCAUCUUGUCAAAAUUAUUUUCUUAUGCGACUAUGGCAAAUUUAGUUUUAUGGUCACGGCAAUUUUUUCUAUGCAUCAUGGCAUUUUUUGGUGUGCAAACCAUGGCAAUUUUCUUGCGCCCACGACAGUUUAUAUUUGAACAAAUUUCAAAAUUUCAUACAAACCAUGGCAAUUUAUUUCCUGUUGCACGGCAACUUUUUCGAUUUUUGUACAUCAUGGAAGUUUUUGCUCGUUGCCAUCCAUCAUGGCGUUUUUCAUUUUAUGUAGGUACUGUGUAGUAGCUUCAACAAUUAUAAAAAUUGAUGGCAAUUUCUAGAUUUUUGUGGCAUUUUAUUGUACAGUUUUUUCUCAGUUUUUUCAGUUGGGUUUUCUUCACUGUUUUCGUGUUUUUUCUGCAUUUAAUUUUUUUGCAAAGGGAAUAGUUUGGGCCAGCAGGCCUAACAAAAGGCCCAGCUAACGAGGGAUUAGGUGGAUAGUUCGGACUGUUGGAACAUGGCAACGAACGAAACUGUUCGCUGAUACUUCCCUGCCGAACCGAACAACUCGUUCGGAUCGAUCACCUCACAACCCGAACAUUCGGGUGUUAUCGGGGUCGUAUGUUUAACAUUUCAGUCAAUAUACCUUCUUAACUUUUUACCCCGGGCAGCCCUAAGCCGAAAGACUUUACUCCGAGCGAGUGGACGAGCGCGCGCCCCACCUCCAUAGCCAUCGCCGGCUCCUCCGUCUCAUGUCCGGGCAGGUGCGACAGCCCGCCGCGCGUAGACGAUCCCUAGCUCAUCUCACCAUCUAGGAGCUCCGCAUCCAACAGUAAAAAAGCAAAGCUCGCACUGCGACUCCUGCAUUUAGAGUGAGCGAGUGAGUGACACUGUGAGAGCUCUAGCACCGUGUAGGCAGGUUUGGGUUAAGAAAAGCAAGCUGCCCCAUCUUCUCCCUGCCAUUUACCCUCUCUUCCUGCUGCGUCCUCUUCUACUCCUACUCCUCUUCCUUUUUUUCCAACCGCCUACCCACUGACUACCCCGCUCGUUCGAUUGGAGCCCCGUAGCUACAUAGGUAGUUCAAUUAGGUCGACGUUGACAGCGUUGGGAUGCCUAGCUCGUCGGCCUGUCCUCCGUGGCUGGUGCGCAUGGUGGCGGCAAACGACGACCAGGCAUCGUCGUCCUCCUCGUCCAAGGGCGGGGUUGCCGUGCUCACCACUGGCACGCCCACUAUAGACACGGGAUACCGCGGCGGUGGCGGGGAAGGCGGCAAUGCCGCCGACCCUCAGGAGAGCAGCAGUAGCGGGCAGUCCAGGCUCGCGGCGCGCGGCCACUGGCGUCCUGCCGAGGACAUGAAGCUACGCGAGCUCGUGGCGCUCUAUGGCCCCCAGAACUGGAACCUCAUCGCCGAGAAGCUCGACGGGAGAUCCGGGAAGAGCUGUCGGCUGCGAUGGUUCAACCAGCUUGACCCGCGGAUCAGCAAGCGCCCGUUCUCCGACGAAGAGGAGGAGAAGCUGACGGCGGCGCACCGCUUCUACGGCAACAAGUGGUCCAUGAUCGCGCGGCUCUUCCCCGGCCGGACCGACAACGCCGUCAAGAACCACUGGCAUGUCAUCAUGGCGCGCAAGUACCGCGAGCAGUCCAUCGCCUACCGCCGCCGCAAGCUCAACCAGGCUGUCCAGCGCAAGCUUGACUCGUCCUCCGGGGUGGCUGCCGGUGCCGGGCACGCCGACGUCGUUGGUCACCACCACAACCACCUCCUGUUGGCCGCCAACGACUCCGCCAUCUUUGCGGAUCCCUACGGCUUCAGCUUCAGCCACUGCUGCCUCUCUUUCCCUGCCGGCGCCGCCGCUGCCUCGGCGUUGGAGCCUACCUUCUGCUUGUUCCCCGGGCCCGGCGCCGCGUCCAACUCGGUGCACGACGGGCGCCUCUCGUGGCCGGACGCCAUGGCCGUGCGAGGAGGAGCAGGAGGUGGCGGCCUUCACUGGGAGCCGCUGCCGGCGCAAGGAGGCUGGAUCGGCGGCGGCCGCCACGAGAUGGCACGGUUCGACUCCGACCAGGCAAAUGGAGCGUCUGCCGCCGUGUUUGCCGUGACAGAUCAAGCUGGCGUUCACUUGGACGGCGCGUCGCGGUCGCCGACUUUCAUAGAUUUCCUCGGGGUCGGAGCGACAUGAUGGAUAGACGGAUGCAUGGAUCGAUGCCGAUGCUCUAGCAGAGAGUGCGUGCGGCAGGUGGAUCACUAGCUAGUUCUAGCCUCUAGACUAGAUAGGUUACUAUAAAAAGCACUAGCUAUGUGGGCUCUGUAUAUUUGGCUGGCUUGUUUGCCACUCUACUUGUUUUAACUCAUGUACCACAUGAACAUCAGCUUGUGUUUGCAGGGGAGGUCGA